CCUGUGCUAGUGCUGCCGACGGUGCGUGAUCGUGCAAACUAUGGUGCUACAGUUUUGAAAGGACGCUUGUAUUCCCGUGCUGUUCGCGAGAGGGUGAAAAUGAAUGCCGUAACGAGAUUGAUACGGCUACUAUUAGUAGUUGCUGUCAUCAACUACGCCAGCUGUCAGGAUGGGUACAGUGAGCAGGAUCUACUUCGGUACCAGCAACAGUUGUCGAACCCCAACAACGAGGGCCAAGUGGAGACCAUCACCAGCUACAGCACCAACGUCGUCCAGCGCGACCCAAUCAGGAAUGAGCACUCGAUCAGUUCCGUAAGUGUGCAGUAUCAUUUGACAGACGACGCGGAGAAACCCAAUAACUACCACCCUGGAAGAAGCGACAGGAGGAAAGUGUUCCGCAUCAAGAAUCCAUUCCAACGCCAAUUGGAGCCGAAUGAUAGACCAGAACCUGUGGACGAUAUUACUGCGCCUCAAGACAGCAACCUGGGAGCGAGUAAUCAGUAUGCUUCUAUGCAGUACUCUUUGCCGCCUGAAGAGUUUCUGCAAAAGUUGAGGGCUGAAAAUCAGCAGCAAGCAUCUUACUUGCAACAAGUUUCAACUCCGAAUCCGUUGCUGAGUUAUACCGCUACACCACAGUCAGCUUACCAGUACUCGACCAUCAGCCCCAACAAUUACGACAACAUCCAGCAGCAGCAGCAGCAGCAACAGCAACAACAGCAGCAGCAGCAGAUUCAGCAGCAACAGAGUCUGAACCAACAAGCGAAUCAAAUCAGUCAGCUGGAACAGAAAAUUGCUCAAGCACAAUCACAGUACCAGGCCAACCCAGCUGCUUACCAGCAGUACGCGGGAGCAUUUGCAUUUGAUGGAGUGCAGAGUACUCCAUCCCCUCUUCCACCAUUCUUGUCGACUGCCUCUAACCCGUUCAUAGGGACACCUACUAAUGCAUAUGUAUCAAGCGCUGCCCCGGUGUUCCUCUCUAGUCAACCGAGUGUGCAGCAGUAUGUGUCUUCUCCAGUCUCAGUCGUACAAACUGGGUCUCCAGAUUACUCUAACUCAGUCAGUACCGUUGCUGGUAAUACGGCCGGGUAUGAUCCAAACCAAAACAAAAGAAUUCAAAUAGACCAUUACGAUAAUUCUGCAAACGGUAUGAGGUAUCCCAGUAAUCUGCAACAGUAUUCGACGCCGUUCCCCUCUUCAACUCCUGCCCCUAGCUCGUCGCCGUAUUCUGACGCUGUACACGAUUCUUGGCAAAAUGCAAUCAAUGCUGGUGUGAAUUCUCUGACUAAAACCUUACAAGAAUAUUCUUUAUCUCAAUAUCAAAAUUCACCGUACAAUACUAACCAGCAAGAAGGGAGAUCUGACGUAAGUCCGGAAAAUCAAAACUCUGAAACCCAUAGAAUUAGCAAUGUCCCUGUGGGAAGUAAUCCUUACUCAGAUUACGUUCAGCAAGAAUACCAGCCUUAUAACAGACAAAGAGCAAGAGAUCUGGAGCAUCAAGCUAGUCAACCUGGUGUCUAUUCAAGCGGUGACUAUGGAUGGAAAGUAAAUGAGAAGAAACCUGUAAAUGACGGUUACGCAAGUGGUAGUUCUCCAACGCGGUAUCAAACGUUCGGCUACAGCGCUGACGGCAACGCUGUGAGUCAAAUGAACUUCUAUCUUGACUCCAGUAGGUCGCAGAACUAUGAUCAAAUAUCUAAAUCUUCAGCUGAAAGCCACGAUGCCCGUGAGUUUGCUAAGGCCGCUGCUAAAGCACAAGAAAAUAUGAAGCAGCAACAACUAGCCAGACUAGCUGAGUCUUACUUUGGACAUAAUCAUUACUCACCAAAUUAUGGAUCAAUGAGAAAUAAUCAACCACAGUCGGUUUCAUCGUAUUACACAAACACUGAAGGCCCCAAAGGAAAACUUUAUGCUGACAGUUCAAACACAAACACCGUAGUAUAUGGAAAUUCUCAAACACAAGAUUUAAUAACAGCCUCACCGUACUUUUAUGGAAAUACAAAAGAAAGUUCUUUUGAUAACAAACCAAAACAGCCAUUUGACCAUGCUAAGGCUUUGAAAAACAUUGUUCCCAUAGAUGUUUCCAAUGUUAUUGGCAGUGAAGGUUCCAAACCUACAGUUCUUGAUACCAGUAACAGAUACAAUGGUAUACCAAACUUUUCAAAGGAACAACUUGAACACAACCUAAAGCAAUUCUACAAACCAGUUACUGAAUCUUAUUACAAAGACAAAAACAGUGGUUACGGUUUCAAUAUUAAGGUCAAGCCAGAUGAUGUAACUGGACCAGAUAGUAUCAGACAGUUUGAACAAAGUAUGCAGUAUUAUGGAAAACAAUCUCCAACCGAAUCUCUAUAUGGGUCAGGUACAGUAGGAGAUAAUAAAAGAUACGGUGAAACCGGACCCCAACAAUUAAACUACUUAUCACAAACAUCCAACAACUUCCCAUCAGUUCAAUCAUCACAACAACCCCCUGUUCAAAAUAGUCCACACCGACCAUUGAAUACAAUUCAACAAACAGAUGUUCUAAAAUUCAAUGAUAUCCCUUACAGACUAACACAAGGUUUAUCCAGUGAAUCCUUACGCCUGAAUAAUAAUAACUUUGAUCAAAGUAAUAUCCCGACUCCUAUUCCCCCUAGAAUUAACCAAAACGUCGAUAGCCAUCAGAUUGAUGUAGCGAACCACAUUCUCCAAAAACUCAUGCAAAGCAAACAGCCGCUUAUGAGUGGUAAUAAUCAAGACCUUGAAUUGCAGGCCGCCGGUUUAUCUAAUAUUAAUGGCUUUAGGGUGGCAAAUCCAUUUAACGUAGAUUUGAAACUUGUAGCAGAUGUGUUAAAAGGAAAACCAACACUUGACGAUUCUCACAUGUUAGGAUUGAGAGAUCAAUUUAACAAACCGAAUCCGAUGAAGCUAGAUAUGUCAGCAUUGCAACAGUUAUUACUUAAAGCCGAUAAUUAUGGCAGCUUGGGAUCUUACUCAGGUGGCUUGACAUCUAUUGGCAAUCCCUAUUACGACAUAUACAGUGGGCGGCCAUACCAGGGGGUGAAGUAUUCUCGAAGUCAAGAAGAGGAAGAGAACAUACCUAUUGCUGACGCUUCCAACACUCACCCUAUAGGAGCUGUUAUAGAGCAAGAAGAUGCACCAGACGCACGAGAAGUGAGUGAAGGAACUGAUUUAACCGCUUCCGAUGGUGUGGUUAAUGUUUACGAGGACAACCGACCUAAGAAUGUUUACAACAAUGACCACAAAGUCAGCGAGAGACAUCCGAACCUCUUGUCGCCCAGCAGACAUUCAUACCCGAGGAAGUACCCUAAAAGUGACGUAGCGGAACCGUACCCUCUAUUGAAGCCACCUCCCCAGCACUCGCACCGCAGUCGGUCAGGGCACAGUAAGAUUGAGAAGCGUGGCCCCAGGAGGCGUAGAGUGAAUAGACCUAAGUAUGCGAGAGUUCUGAAGACUGAGGCUCUGUUUGAGGCGGAGAGCAGUCCGGUGGAAGAGAAGCGAGAGGAGCACCAUGUCCCCACGGUACUGCGGCCGCCGCCACAGAUCCCCGAGGCUAAAUCAGACGUCGUGGAAGACGACCACUCCUCGUAAACUCUACCUGCCAGUAUAAACCUACCGUUUUAAUGCUUACCACAAAUUUAUGUCAUGUUACUCGUAAAACUUGAAUUAUUUUAUUACCAUUAGCAAGUCUUACACUUAUGUAUAACCUGUUUAUAUGAUCUACUUUUGUAAUUUUAGACAAGUUUGCUAAGAUAAUAUUGUACGGUCCUAUUGUCGUGUUCUUUGCUCUAAAAUUUUAUUGUUGUUUGAAAAGUUUGGCAUUUAUUAAUUCAAAUAGGGACUGAUCGUUAUAUUAUUGUAAAUAAUUUAAUUUAAUGUUAAUUUAAAUUGACAAACGUAAACUGUAAGAGUGUAAAUAUUUUCGUUAGAAGUAGUUUUUAUACAAAUGUUUAUUAACUUGUACCUUUUAUAUUAGUUAUUUUGUGAUAAGUUAAAGAUAAUGACUAUGUCGUUGUUAUUCUCAAUAAUCUAGAGCUCUUAGAUUAUAUAA